GGCGUAAGCCCCAGCACAAAUUAUCGGGUGAGCUGUCGCUGGUAAAAAGUUAUUGAUAGCAGCAGGAAUCACAGAUCAGAGUUCUUAUUACAGCUCCGCGCCGCUGACGCUUCGCAGGAGCUGUUUACGUGAGCAAAAAGUGCGUUGACGGCACCUUGCAUUUGCUGCAUUUGCUCGACGUAGCACUGCAAACGAAUAACCAUGGCCGAGGUUAAAAAGGAGGUGCCGCGCAUCCCGCGCGUCGUGUUUGACUGGGAGAAGAACUACGUCCCCCGGAAGCAGACGGAGCCGCCGCUGCCCGUGUCGAAGCCCGCGCAGCAGCACACGCCGAACCCCUACGUGUACGACGCGCUGGCGAGCCCGCGCGUGGUCGAGGCGCGCAAGAAGCGGCCCUCGUUAGAAACGUCGCAGUUCGGCGACCUGCGGACGACGUGGACGCAGCCCGCGGACCUCUACCCGCGGGGCUUCCCGUACUUCGUGCGCGGGCGCGACUCGGCGCGGUCGUACAUCUCGGAGCUGUUCCAGACGCGCAUCACCAUGUACGACGGCGCCAUGGGCACGAUGAUCCAGAAGCACAAGCUCGAGGAGGACGCGUUCCGCGCGGAGCGGUUCAAGGACUACGACAUGCUGAUCAAGGGCAACAACGACCUGCUGUCGAUCACGCAGCCGCAGAUCAUCAAGGACAUCUACAAGAAGUACCUGGUCGAGGGCGGGUCGCAGCUGAUCGGCACGAACACGUUCUCGUCGACGACGAUCGCCCAGGCGGACUACAAGAUGGAGGACCUGGUGUACGAGCUGAACUACGACUCGGCGCGCCUGGCGCGCGAGGCCUGCGACGAGGUGACGAAGAUGGACCCGACGAAGCCGCGCUUCGUCGUCGGCGCCAUCGGCCCGACGAACCGGACGGCGUCCAUCUCGCCGGACGUGAACGACCCGACGGCGCGGAACUGCACGUUCGACGAGCUGGUCGAGGCGUACUACGAGCAGUGCGUCGGACUCGUGGACGGCGGCGCGGACAUCCUGAUCGUGGAGACGAUCUUCGACACGCUGAACGCCAAGGCGGCGGUGUACGCGGUGAACGAGUUCCUGGAGGACGCGGGCAUCGACAUCCCGCUGUUCAUCUCGGGCACGCUCGUGGACCAGAGCGGGCGGACGCUGUCGGGCCAGACGGGCGAGGGCUUCUACGCGUCGAUCCGGCACGCCAAGCCCAUGUGCGUCGGGCUGAACUGCGCCCUGGGCGCGUCGGCGAUGGCGCCGUUCCUGAAGCGCCUGUCGGACUGCGCGGAGUGCUUCGUGCACGUGUACUCGAACGCGGGCCUGCCGAACGCGAUGGGCGGCUACGACGACACGCCGGCGGACAUGGCGCGCGAGAACGUGGUGUUCGCGAAGAACGGGUGGGUCAACAUGAUGGGCGGGUGCUGCGGCUCGACGCCGCCGCACAUCAAGGCGAUCUACGAGGCCUGCAAGGACUUUGCGCCGCGGCCGCUGCCGACGCUGGGCCCGCCGCAAAUGUGGCUCUCGGGCCUGGAGGACUUCAAGAUCGGCCCGGACACGUACAACAACUGCGGCCUGCCCUUCGUGAACGUGGGCGAGCGGUGCAACAUCGCGGGGUCGCGCAAGUUCAAGCGCCUGAUCAUGGAGGGCAAGUACCCGGAGCUGAUGGACAUCGCCAAGGACCAGGUCGAGGCCGGCGCGCACGUGGUGGACAUCAAUGUGGACGACGGCAUGCUGGACGGCCUGGCGGCCAUGCAGAAGUUCGUCAAGAUGGCGGUGACGGAGCCGGACGUGUCGCGCGUGCCGUUCAUGAUCGACUCGUCCAAGUUCGACAUCGUGCUGGCGGGGCUGAAGUGGAACCAGGGCAAGGCGAUCGUGAACUCCAUUUCGCUGAAGGUCGGCGAGGAGUUAUUCAUCGAGCACGCCACUUUGUUAAGAAAGCACGGCGCGGCGGUCGUCGUGAUGGCGUUCGACGAGCAGGGCCAGGCGGCGACGAAGGAGGACAAGGUUCGUAUUUGUAAAAGAAGCUACGACAUCCUCGUGAACGAGCCGGUCUGCUUCCCGCCCGAGGACAUUAUCUUCGACCCGAACAUUUUGACGAUCGGCACCGGCACCGAACCGCGCCCCAAGGCGCCUUCAACCGACGGAUCGACCGCAGCAUUUUAUUCACAAACCUAGCCCGCGCGACCACGUCGGCGCCCGACGCGCGCGAGGCACCGCACCAUAUACGUACAUAUAUACAUAUGGUAUAUCGACGCAGGCAUCGAGGAGCACAACGCGUACGGCGUCGACUUCAUCGACGCGUGCAAGACCAUCAAGGAGAUCUGCCCCUGGUGCAAGAUCAGUGGCGGCGUCUCGAACCUGAGCUUCGGGUUUAGGGGCGCGAACGUCAUCCGCGAGAGCAUCCACGCGGUUUUCUUAACUGAGGCCGCCAAGAGCUCGGGCAUGGACAUGGGGAUUGUGAAUGCGGCGGAGAUGCUCGCGCUCAAGGACGUCGAGGAGGACCUCCUCGAGAUGUGCACGGACGCCGUCAUGAAUAGAACGGAUAAGGCGACCGAGCAGCUCACGGAGAUGUCCCAGUGGUUCUUCGACUGCAAGCAGGCGAAGAAGGAUGGUACACAACCGCCGCGACGGCCGCGCUUCUGCAAGAAGCAGCCGCGCGUCGUGUUUGACUGGGAGAAGAACUACGUCCCCCGGAAGCAGACGGAGCCGCCGCUGCCCGUGUCGAAGCCCGCGCAGCAGCACACGCCGAACCCCUACGUGUACGACGCGCUGGCGAGCCCGCGCGUGGUCGAGGCGCGCAAGAAGCGGCCCUCGUUAGAAACGUCGCAGUUCGGCGACCUGCGGACGACGUGGACGCAGCCCGCGGACCUCUACCCGCGGGGCUUCCCGUACUUCGUGCGCGGGCGCGACUCGGCGCGGUCGUACAUCUCGGAGCUGUUCCAGACGCGCAUCACCAUGUACGACGGCGCCAUGGGCACGAUGAUCCAGAAGCACAAGCUCGAGGAGGACGCGUUCCGCGCGGAGCGGUUCAAGGACUACGACAUGCUGAUCAAGGGCAACAACGACCUGCUGUCGAUCACGCAGCCGCAGAUCAUCAAGGACAUCUACAAGAAGUACCUGGUCGAGGGCGGGUCGCAGCUGAUCGGCACGAACACGUUCUCGUCGACGACGAUCGCCCAGGCGGACUACAAGAUGGAGGACCUGGUGUACGAGCUGAACUACGACUCGGCGCGCCUGGCGCGCGAGGCCUGCGACGAGGUGACGAAGAUGGACCCGACGAAGCCGCGCUUCGUCGUCGGCGCCAUCGGCCCGACGAACCGGACGGCGUCCAUCUCGCCGGACGUGAACGACCCGACGGCGCGGAACUGCACGUUCGACGAGCUGGUCGAGGCGUACUACGAGCAGUGCGUCGGACUCGUGGACGGCGGCGCGGACAUCCUGAUCGUGGAGACGAUCUUCGACACGCUGAACGCCAAGGCGGCGGUGUACGCGGUGAACGAGUUCCUGGAGGACGCGGGCAUCGACAUCCCGCUGUUCAUCUCGGGCACGCUCGUGGACCAGAGCGGGCGGACGCUGUCGGGCCAGACGGGCGAGGGCUUCUACGCGUCGAUCCGGCACGCCAAGCCCAUGUGCGUCGGGCUGAACUGCGCCCUGGGCGCGUCGGCGAUGGCGCCGUUCCUGAAGCGCCUGUCGGACUGCGCGGAGUGCUUCGUGCACGUGUACUCGAACGCGGGCCUGCCGAACGCGAUGGGCGGCUACGACGACACGCCGGCGGACAUGGCGCGCGAGAACGUGGUGUUCGCGAAGAACGGGUGGGUCAACAUGAUGGGCGGGUGCUGCGGCUCGACGCCGCCGCACAUCAAGGCGAUCUACGAGGCCUGCAAGGACUUUGCGCCGCGGCCGCUGCCGACGCUGGGCCCGCCGCAAAUGUGGCUCUCGGGCCUGGAGGACUUCAAGAUCGGCCCGGACACGUACAACAACUGCGGCCUGCCCUUCGUGAACGUGGGCGAGCGGUGCAACAUCGCGGGGUCGCGCAAGUUCAAGCGCCUGAUCAUGGAGGGCAAGUACCCGGAGCUGAUGGACAUCGCCAAGGACCAGGUCGAGGCCGGCGCGCACGUGGUGGACAUCAAUGUGGACGACGGCAUGCUGGACGGCCUGGCGGCCAUGCAGAAGUUCGUCAAGAUGGCGGUGACGGAGCCGGACGUGUCGCGCGUGCCGUUCAUGAUCGACUCGUCCAAGUUCGACAUCGUGCUGGCGGGGCUGAAGUGGAACCAGGGCAAGGCGAUCGUGAACUCCAUUUCGCUGAAGGUCGGCGAGGAGUUAUUCAUCGAGCACGCCACUUUGUUAAGAAAGCACGGCGCGGCGGUCGUCGUGAUGGCGUUCGACGAGCAGGGCCAGGCGGCGACGAAGGAGGACAAGGUUCGUAUUUGUAAAAGAAGCUACGACAUCCUCGUGAACGAGCCGGUCUGCUUCCCGCCCGAGGACAUUAUCUUCGACCCGAACAUUUUGACGAUCGGCACCGGCAUCGAGGAGCACAAUAAUUAUGGAGUGGACUUCAUCGAAGCGACGAAGACCAUCAAGGAGCUGUGCCCCUGGUGCAAGAUUAGCGGCGGCGUGUCGAACCUGAGUUUCGGGUUUAGGGGCGUCAAUGUCGUCCGCGAGUCGAUCCACGCCUAUUUCUUGCACCAUGCGUGCGUGUCGUCGGGCAUGGACGUCGGGAUCGUGAACGCGGCGGAGAUGCUCCACCCCGUCGAGGUGCCUCCGCAACUGCGAGAGGUGUGCGAGGACGCGGUGCUGAAUCGGCGGCCGGACGCCACGGAUCGCCUAUUAGCAGCGACAGAAGCCGAGAAGGAGGCCAUGGAGCUGCGGAAGCGCGGCGGCGGCGCCGUCGCGGUCAAGAAGAAGAGCUGGCGCGACCUACCUAUCGCUGAGAGACUCACCCAUGCAUUGGUGAAGGGCAUCAGCGAGCACGUCGACAAGGACACGGAGGAGAUGCGUUCGGAGAUCGAGCAGCGGGGCGGCAAAACCCUGGAAGUCAUCGAGGGGCCGCUGAUGCAGGGCAUGAACGUCGUUGGUGAUUUAUUUGGAGCUGGUAAAAUGUUCCUGCCGCAGGUGAUUAAGAGUGCGCGGGUGAUGAAGAAGGCCGUGGCGUACUUAUUACCGUUCAUGGAGAAGGAGAAGCGGGACAACUUGAUCGCGCAGGGCCUGGACCCGGACGCGCAAGGGGAUGACGAUUCGCAGUACGCGGGCAAAUUCCUCAUAGCGACGGUCAAGGGUGACGUCCACGACAUUGGGAAGAACAUCGUCGCGGUCGUCCUAGGGUGCAACAACUACAAGGUCUACGAUAUUGGCGUCAUGUGCACGUGUGAGAGUAUCUUAGAUGCGGCCAUCGAGCAUGAUGUGGAUGCUAUUGGCUUGUCCGGUCUCAUCACACCGUCGCUCGAUGAAAUGGUCGACGUCGCCAAGGAGAUGGCGAAGCGGAAUUUCAAGGUACCCUUGCUGAUAGGUGGGGCUACGACCAGUAAGAUGCACACCGCAGUCAAAGUGGCCCCGCAGUACGCCUCGGACGAGCACCCCGUGAUCCACGUGUUAGAUGCCAGUCGCGCGGUUACUGUAGUAAGCUCAUUAUUGUCUGAUGAGUUGAAGCCCGACUACGUCGCGGACGUCCAGGACGAGUAUGCUGAAUUGAGAGAUGAGUACUACGCGUCGCUAGAAGACAGGAAGUACUUGACGCUGGACCAAGCCAUCGCCAAGCGCGGCGACGUAGCGAUAGAGAAGGUAGCACCGGUACCGACGCAUCUCGGCGCCCGCGUCGUCGAGGAGGACCUCGCGGCGGUCGUGCCGUUCAUCGACUGGAACCCCUUCUUCCAGACCUGGGAGCUCCGGGGGAGGUACCCGAACCGAGGCUACCCGAAGAUCUUCAAUGAUGAGACGGUAGGAGCGGAGGCCAAGAAGCUCUUCGACGACGCGCAAGCGAUGCUGAAGAAAAUCGUGGAGACGAAGGAGUUGUCGCUGAAGGGGUGCUACGGCUUGUAUGCGGCGAACCGGAGCGACGGGGGCGAAGACGUCGACGUGUGGGAGAAUGAGAGUGAACGCGGCGGCAAACCCGCAGCCACCUUCUGCAUGCUAAGGCAGCAGGCGGAAGUCGACGGCCAGCAGCAUUACUUAUCGCAGGCGGACUUCGUCACUCCCCGAGGAUCGCGGGACCACCUGGGCAUGUUCGCCGUGGCUUGUUUCGGGGCCGAGGCCGCCGCGAAACGCCACGAGGACGCCAAUGACGACUAUUCGAAGAUCAUGGUCCAGGCCUUGGCCGAUCGCCUCGUCGAGGCCUUCGCCGAGAAAUUACAUAGGGACAUGCGCGUGGCGCACUGGGGCUACGCCGCUUCCGAAAGUUUAUCGCAUGACGACUUAUUGAAGGUGAAAUACGAUGGUAUUAGACCGGCGCCGGGCUACCCGUCGCAGCCGGACCACACGGAGAAGCGCACGAUGUGGGAUUUGAUGGACGUGGAAAAAAGGUGCGGCAUCAAGCUCUCCUCGUCAUUGUCGAUGAUGCCGGCGGCGUCGGUGAGCGCGCUGGUCUUCGCCCACCCGGACGCGUCGUACUUCGCCGUCGGCAAGGUCCAGAAGGACCAGGUCGAGUCCUACGCGAAGCGCAAGGGCAUGGAGCUCGAGGUCUGCGAGCGCUGGCUCUCGCCCAUCCUGAACUACGACCGAUAGAUCCACCCCCCCUCUCCGAGCCGCGCUGCCUGUCGCACCGCGCCUCGCCUAACGAUCGGUUUUAUAAA